CCGAUGCCAGCAACAUGAUAAAGAAUCGCCGAGGGCACUCAAGGCGAGGGCAGAUCAGAUAGAAACACCAUGUUACUCCGAUAACGACACUUGAACCUGGACAGCAAUGUCCUCCACCUUCGCCUCUCCACCAUCGACUCCCGGCAAUGGAAUUAUCCACCUCGCUCUCCUGCCUCCCAACACACCCCGGCUCAAGACGGUCAAAUACCAAUACCCUCUCAAACUCAUCUCUCCUGGUCCGCUACGAACAGCCGAUGAGCCCUACCACUCAGUUCACACAGUAUACCUUUUAACCUACGGCGGCGGAUUGGUAGCCGGCGACACCAUCGAUCUGCACAUCAUCCUCGAGCAAGCAACGAGACUAGUCUUACUGACUCAAGGGAGUACGAAACUGUUCAAAUCGCCUAGUCGAGACAUCAUCAGCAAGCAAAAUACCGUCGUCGAUCUCGCCCUGGGCUCGGCGCUCUGCUUUCUUCCCGAUCCCAUCCAGCCUUUUGAGAAGGCGUGCUUCGAGCAACGGCAAAUCUACAAUCUCGCCGUAGAUGAGGAUGCGGAGGGAGUGAGCGGAACCGGCAGUCUGUGCGUCUUGGACUGGGUGUGCAAUGGUCGGCCUGCGAACGGGGAGAACUGGUCGUUCUUGCGGUAUGGCAGCAAGAAUGAAAUCUAUCUUUGCCCUGUGAAUGGGAAGCGAAGAUUGCUGCUUCGUGACAGCCUACUUCUCGAUGAUGAGGGCGCGGACGGCAGUGUUGUAACUCGAAUGGAUGGGCUGGGUGUUUACGGCACGCUGAUCCUCUACGGCAGCGUCUUCCGAAGUCUUGGGCAAUUCUUUAUGGACGAGUUCAGCGUGAUGCCGCGCAUUGGUGGGAGGAAGUGGGACAGCGGCAGUGAAGAUGGAGAGGAAGACGUUGAUGAAGCUGCUAUGAAACGAGCGGUUCGGCAAAGGCAAGAGCUCGCUGACGGCCUGCUCUGGUCUGUUGCUUCUGUGCGGGGGUGUGUUGUUGUUAAGUUCGGUGCGAAGGAGGUGGAAGGCGGGCGGAAAUGGCUUAGAACCAUGCUUAUAGAUGAAGGGAGUGUUUGGAGAGAGCUUGGAGAGCGGGCACUGCUUUGUUUGCGGUGAUAGUAUUUCCCUACCAUCCACCAUUCUAUGAAAGGUCGAACAGU